CAGUCCACGAACCCUACCGUCUAGUGAAAGACAGCUCUCCAUUUCUGGAUCUGUCACGGAGCCUCGGAGUGGCAGAGAACCGUCGGAAACCGAAUACAGAGGCGGAGGAAGGGGUGCAGCUCCAUCAGGCCGAGGUGCCUCGUAGGCCUGCUGUGCAUGGAAGGCGGAGAGGAGCUCUGCUGGGCAGCCGAGCUUUCUAGCAAUGAGGCUUGAACAGUGAAUAACGUUAAACCUUCAAGGAGCGCCCAUGAGCAAACCCCUCCACACAUGUACCCUCAAGGCCUGUAAUGUUUCAGCGGCAAUCCUAAACACAUUGACUUGGAACAGGAGUAAGCCCAACUGAACACAGGGAAACUUGCUUCUGAGAAAACAACCACAGGACUGCACGGUGGCAGAUUAAGAGGGAAGCUUUUUUGUGUCCUUCCAGCAAUCUGAAGUGACGCGGGUGCUCGAAAUGGAGCUCUCAAAUGUCCGGGAAGCUGUUACCCAGCUGAACAUUCAAGGCCCGAUCCUGGCUUUCCAGAACAUUCAUUACUCUGUCAGCACACCUUGGACAUUUCCUUGCAAAGGAGGAGAAGAAAAGGAAGUUCUCAGGGAUGUCAGCGGCAUCAUGAAACCUGGGAUGAAUGCCAUCUUGGGACCAACUGGAAGUGGGAAAACCUCUCUCCUUGAUGUCUUAGCAGGAUGGAAAGACCCCAAAGGGCUUAAAGGUGGACAGAUCUUUAUGGAUGGGAAGUUGGUUGACUCUCACAUUCACCAAUGUUCAGCCUAUGUAGUCCAGGAGGACAUUCUGACCGGAACACUCAGCGUCCGUGAGAACCUCCUGUUCUCUGCCAACCUGCGGCUGCCCCAGAAUAUGAAGAGCAAUGCAGAGAAGGCAGCCAAGGUGGAUGCUGUGAUCCAAGAGCUGGGCCUACAGGACUGUGCAGACACCAAGAUUGGGACAGAAUUCCUGCGUGGUGUUUCAGGGGGUGAGAAGAAACGGUGCAGUAUUGGCAUGGAACUGAUCACUUCUCCUUCCCUGAUCUUUCUGGAUGAGCCAACCACAGGACUGGAUGCUAACACAGCUAAUGCCAUCAUGCAGCUCUUGCACCAACUCUCCAGGAAAGGAAGAACCGUAAUCUUCUCAAUCCAUCAGCCCCGCUACUCCAUCUUCAGGUUGUUUGACCGUCUGACCUUGAUGAACAAAGGGGAAAUCAUCUUUGCCGGAGCAGCAGGAGAAGCCACAACCUAUUUCAACAGCAUUGGGUAUCAGUGUGAACAAUUUAACAAUCCCUUGGACUUUUUUCUGGACGUCAUCAGUGGAGAGGUUAUCCAGUCCCAGCCUGAGGAAAGCUUCAGCAGCAAGAACAAUUGCCGUUUCUCCAGCAACUGCUCCCUUGACAAGAGCCCGCUGUCCAACUAUUAUCAGCGGUCCUCCUAUUAUCAAGAGCUGCAAGAGGAUCUGAAAAGCCUACAGUCAUUUGAGAGCCAUCGCUGUGAAACCAGCUCAUCCAAACCCACUUACGUUACCUCAUUCAUCCACCAGCUGUAUGUUGUGAGCUGCCGAAAUAUGAAGCAACUCCUGAGGAACCCCCAGACCUCCUUUGGACAGCUCAUUUUGGGCGCCGUCUUCUCCUUGUUGGUGGGGCUCAUUUACUACCAAAUACCCGACACAAUGCCUGAAGCUCUACAGAACAGGUUAGGAGCUUUCUUUUUCAUGGUCCUCACUCAGAUCUUUGGGAAUCUGUCUGCCGUGGAGCUCUUCAUCUAUGACAGGAAACUCUUCAUCCACGAGAGCGCCAGGAAUUACUAUAGGACCUCUGCCUACUUUCUAGCCAAAGUGUUUGCUGAUCUUCUUCCCAAUCGUAUAUUCCCUGUGCUGCUGUUCUCUUCCUUGUCAUAUUUCAUGAUGGGUCUCAAACCAGAUGCAGAAGCUUUCUUCCUGCACGUUUUGUCCCUUAGCUUCACUAACCUUGCAGCCGUGAGCCUGGCUUUCUUGGUUAGCGCCAGCGUCAACUCUUUCGCCGUUGCCAACCUCUUGAUCGCCCUUCCAUACGUCUUCAUGAUGGUCUUUGGUGGAUUCCUUGUAAACCUCAAUAGCAUGUUGAACUGGCUGUCUUGGAUCAAAUGGAUCAGUAUCUAUCGAUACGGCAUGAAUGCUCUGACCAUCAAUGAACUUAAAGGGCUAACCUUCUACUUGAAUUCUACCAGGAUUCCUGCAGAGACUUAUAUGGACCAGCAAGACAUUGACUAUAGCACUUGGGGCUUUUGGGAGAACGAUCUGGCCCUCCUCUGUUUGACGUGUGUGUUCCUCUUGUUGGCUUACAUCCAGCUCCGAAGAAUAAACCGCUGGAAAUAGACCACCAUUUUAAUGAUCCAUUAAGACAGCAGCUAGACUGUAUCCUGCUGGAGUCUUCCUCUCUACCUCCUUAUAAAGCUGAGGCUGCAAUCCUAAAUGCACUUACUAGGAAGUACACCCCAAUGAACACACUGGGACUUACUUCAGAGUAAACGUGUGUUAGAUUGCACUGGAAGAAUUCUGUGUCCGCUGUCGUCGUCCCGCCCCAGUUGGUGAUGUUCUGUCAAAUUAACAUCUUGUUUUUAGAGGGAAUCAAAUGAGAAGGUGAAAAUAGGUGUGGUCCUACUCCUGGUGAGGUCUAGAGUAAAAGAACAGGAUAGCAUCCAAUACUUGCACCCAUCUUGAAAAAUACAGGGUUUAAACCAGCCUGCCCCAACCUGCUGUUUCCUCUAGAUGGGUUGGUCCACAAUUCCCAGCAUCCCUCAGCUACCUAGGCUGGCUGAGGGAUUCUGGGAAUUGUAGUCCAACACAUCUAGAGGGCAUAUCUGGUUGGGGAGGGCUGGUUUAUAUAUGUGUUGUGUUGUUUUUGCGACUAUCAAUGUUGACAUUAGUCAGCUCUACUCAUACAUGGUCAAUAGAACGCAAGGAAAAGUUCAGGCCAGGCUCCGGCUUAGUUGUUAAAUUGUGUUAUAAGAGACCCGUCAAUUCCUGGCUUGUUUCUUGUGUGCAUUACCUGCUUGCCCACAUAGCCUGACGCAACUGAUCACUGCUGCAGCAGUAUGCCUUCCUUGCCUCUCUGCUCUUCUAACCAGCAGUUGACUGCCCCUUCCUCCACCUCCUUGCCUUUUGUUAAACAGCUGGUAUGUUUAUAGCAGCUCAGGGCUGUUUUCACAUAAAUGUGCCUUACUUGAUGCCUGCACAAUCAAGAGUUGUUUGCAUAUUUGGACAUCUCCUCACUUCACCUCCAACCCGAUGCUUUUCAGUGGAGUCACUUCACACAUUUGCCUGUCAUUUACCGAGUGUACAGUAAUCAGAUCCAGAGAAAUGAAGUGUCUUAGGUGCAUAUGUGAACAAGGUCAAUGCUAACGAGGUCUCUAAUUCUAGAUUAGAUUUGCUUUUGUGGGGGAAUUCCUGUAAGUACCAUUUGGACAGAUUGGAAAAGCUACUAUGUGUUUUUUUUUGUGGGUAGGGGGAUGCAUUGGGUUGGAUGUAGGAUUUGUCUUCUAUGUACUCUGAUAAUGGAAAACCGUCUUCCCGAUUGCCAGAGGCCACCUUCUCCUCUGUACUACAGCUCACCCCAUUCAGUAGGGUUCCAUGGCCCCCUCCAGGGCUAUAGGGCUGCCAUAGAGAAGAUGGGGCAGGGAAGACUGCUUCCGCCAGCCCAGUGACAUGCACUUAAAUCUGGAUCCAGCCCUUUAUAUUUUACUAAACUCUUCAUAUAUCCUUUUGGUGAGCAUUCUUAAAUGGAGUCAGUAGUGAAUAGGGGAAACAUAUACAGUAAGUCUGAUUUUAUAUAUAUAGCUCCACUGCAAUUUACAAUAACUUCUGAUUAAAGUAGGAGAAGCAGAGCUCCCAGAUUCACAACUGAGGGAACAUUUCUGUUUGCACAUGCCAUUGUAUGCACGGAGCUGUCACUAUCACUGAAGAGAGCAGGAUAGGUUCUGCUCAGGAUAACGCCAUGAUUCUUUUGUGUGCAUGUUACCAUGUGAACAGGAUGCUGGACUAGAUGGACCCCUUGGUCUGAUCCAGCAUGGCUUUUCUUAUGUCCUUAUGCGUCAGACAGGCUUGGGAGGCCCGCUGCUAUGGUGGCUUCAGUCCUUGGAGGACUGCCACAAGUUUCUAUCUUGUCACCUAUGCUUUAUAGUACCUGCAUGAAACCACUAGGGAAAGUCAGCUGGAGGCUUGGGCUCAGGUGUCAUCAGUCUGAAUAGGACACUCAGAUCUUCCUUCCCAUUAACUUGGGAAACUAAGGUGACCAGGAGUGCUUUUUUGCCAGUUUAGGGUAGUAUGCCACCUUAACUGGAGAAGACAGACCUUGCUUCAGUGCUCUAGUGAAAUCUAAGCUGAAUUACUACACUGCAUUUGACGUGGGGAUGCCUUUAAAAAAAUCUGAAAACUUCCACUAGUACCAAAUACAACUGCUCAAGUACCAGUACUAGGUGCUCAGUAGUUAUGUCAUGUGACACCUUUAUUGUACGAGUUGCACUGAUUGCCAGUGCAUUUCUGAGUCCAAUUUUAAGUCCUGGCAUUGGUCUUUAAAACCCUAAUUGGUUUGGAUUCAAGUUACAUGAAGGAGGGGGCCAUAGUUCAAAGGCAGAAUUCAUGCUUUGCACACAGAAGGUCCCAGACUCAACCCACAGUGACUCCUGCCUGAAACCUGCAUAAGCUUCCUGACUAUCCAUGCCACUAGCACUCAGUCCUUUACUGUGCUCACCAGUAAGAGCAAUUAGGCUGGCAGAAAGGAGGGGUAGGGCCUUCUCAGCCAUGUCCCCUCCCCACCCUGUGGAACUCUAUUUCAGUUCAUCUUCACAACAUGCCUUAAACUGGACCCUAAAGAUGCACUUGUUUACCUUGGCCUAUAAUUGAAUUGGGACUCUUAUUGGGGUCGUUGUUUUAAAUGGUGAUUAUAUCCGUCAAUAUUGAUCUUACUAUUGUUUUAUGUUUUGUGGUUUAAAGUUUUGUUGUACACCGCCUUGAGAAUGUUCAUCCUAAACGGCAGCUUAAAUCUUUUAAAUAAAAAGAAAAAAUAUGUAAGACAACAGCACUUUGGCUUUUUUGGAUCCCAGAUCACUUUGCUAAAUGCUGCAGGAGGAGGGGAAGUGAGUGAGUGUGGUUGAGUGACAGGCAGGCCCACCUUCUAAUUCUAGGGCAUGUUUGAUCAUGGGCUCCAACCACUGUGCUUUGGGAGAAGGCAAGGAUAGGAGUGUGAGAUGGCCAUUCUUCUAAUGCCACUACAUUUUACUAUGAAAAAGCCUUAAACUUUUCAGGAACAACCUAUUCUUCUGAGGCUUUGUAGGUUUCUUGCCUGGG